AUGGCACCGAUUCCAGUCCACACGGCUUCGCCUAUCAACACCAAUCCCCCUGCGCACGCGUUCGGAACAUCCCCCAGCACUGCUGGCGCUCGAUACACACCUUCUGCUGCUGAACCACGCCCCAGUUCGACAGAGCCCACCCUUGGCGCAUCUCCAUCGCAACCCUCUCGAGCAGCCAUCCCUCAACCUACAAACACGGCGGCCAGCUCACACAACAGCAGAUGCAAUCCGACACCGACUGCGCCGCUGCACUCCCUGUCACAGAAUUCCCCUCCGCCACCACAGCCGGGCGGAAUCCCGUCGCUGUACUCCAUCAGUCCCACCCUACGAGCGUCCGCGCCGACUUCACCACGUCCUCUUGACAUUCCUCAACCAUCUGCUGGCGCUUCGCUACCACGGGUGACCGCUGCGCCAACACAAGCGCAAACACCAACCCAGCAUUCACCUCCUCUCCCUAUCCAACCCCAAACCCACUACGGCACAGUCUGUACGCCCAUACGCUCGGUCCCUGCCGCAGGGGUGACCUCGAUUUCCGCAAGCCCAAGCUACAAUUACGCAUCGCCAAACUACUCCCUUCCACAAGCGCCGGCGGACGUGCACGAUCUCUCGCACCCUCCUGGCUACCAACAGGAUCACCACUCCUCCUUCGACGACAGGCCGAUCGAGUCCUGCCAAGAGACGGAUUACAAGGCCACGCUUUCUCCCCUGUCGGCAACGAGAAGAGGAGCUGGAAUAUUAGAUUUGGAAUGGACGUUUGGAGGAUCGCCCAGCGGGAGCGCCAAUGGUGACAACACGGUGGUGCAGACGGCCAUGUCGUGGGCAAGAGCCGCAGGGAAGAGACUCAGCAUGACCGAGAAGCAAAUCUGGAACACCAUCAAUGGGCAGGAAGAUGAACGCUAG